AUGCCACUUGGAUCUGAUCGUAAUUCAUAUUCACCAAGGAAAUCAACAGAAGAAGAAGACGAAUCAUCAUCGUCUUUGAGAAGAAGAAGAUCUACUGGAGAACUUUCUUCACCAUCUAUACCUCUUAGAGAAGGAUAUUUAGAUGUAGAAGUUAAACAUCCAGUUCGUGAACUUGAAGGAACUAAGGAUACUUUUGUUUCGUAUUUGGUAACAGCUAAGACUGAUAUUCCAAUUUAUCAAUCCAAGUCUCCAUCUGCAAGAAGGAGGUUUCAAGACUUUGUAUUUCUUCAUGAUCAUCUUGUUAAAGACUUUCCUGCUGCUGUCGUACCUCCACUACCAGACAAAUCUAGAUUGAAGUAUGUCACUGGCGAUCGGUUUAGUGCAGACUUUGUUGAAAGACGUAGACAUGGCUUAGAAAGAUUUCUACAAAGAUUAGCUAGACAUCCGAUCUUAUCAAGAUCAAGAUUAUUACGAUGUUUUAUCGAAUCGACUCAAUGGAAUGUAGAUAUGCAUACUCAUUUGGCACAUCCACCUACGUCUGAACCUACUAGUUCUUUAUUAGAGAUGGCUUCAGAUACGUUAUUGAAUGCGUUUUCGAAAGUUAGGAAACCGGACGAACGGUUUCUUGAGAUUCGUGAAGGGUUAGAUCGGUUUGAAGAAAGACUUGGAGCUAUUGAAAGGAUUGAAGGAAGGUCUAGGAAUCGGAUCACUGAUUUGGCUGGUGAUUAUGAAGAAUUAGCUGCAUCUGUUCAAGGACUUGGGUUUCUUGAGUCUGGUAUCACUGAACCUUUAUCAAGAUUUGAAACCGCUUUACUCGAUUACAGUAUUGGUCUAAGAGACUUAAACACAGCGACUACUACCCCAUUACUUCAUAAAUUAGUUUCACUUAUUCAUUAUUCAGAUAGUUUUAGAAACGUAUUAAAAUUAAGGGAUCAAAAACAAUUAGAUUUCGAAGAUCUUUCAGCAUAUCUAUCUAACAUUAGUAAUGAACGAGAUCGAAUUGCAGCAGGAUAUGGAGGAUUAGGUUUAAGUUCAUAUUUGAAAGAUAAGAUUGAACUUUUUAGAGGUUCUGAAGCUGAUACGAGUCGAGAAGCUAAGAUUCAUAGAUUAGAUAGUAAGAUUAAAGAUCUUCAAGAUGCAGUGACUGCUGCACAUGAAACGUCAGAUGGAUUUAAUGAAGAAGUUUUGAAAGAACAUUCGAUCUUUCAAUCUGGUAAAAGACAAGAAUUAAAAGAACUUUUUUCGGAUUUGGCUGAUGGGAAUAUUGCAAUGUAUAAGAAAUCUAUACAAGAUUGGGAAAAUAUGAUACCUUUUGUAAGUUGA